CCUUACUUCGAGAAGCUUUAGAAGGUCUAUUCAAAAAGUAUUGCUGUAAGGCAGAAGAGCUAGCCAUGAUGGGGUCCACCCAAGUCAAUGAGAAUUUCAACCAUAUGGUCUCCACUAAAGCCCCCAAAAGAUUAAAAUGGCAUUGUCACCAGGCAAUUUCACAAUGAAACAUACCAUUAGACUUGCCAACAAGCUCAAACGGAAGCGUCUGAUGCAGAGUUUACCCACCACAAAGAAACGUCGAUUGGAAUUAAAAGCUGCCAGGUUGUCUAAAGAAGCAGCGAGGAAUGUACUAGAAGGUCAAUCAUAUAAGUCAGAUAUUGGUCUUGAGGAGGAUGUUGAUCUUGAUGACAUUGAUCCAGAGCCUCUUAGGAUUUCUCCAGAGAGCAGCUGCUUGAUGUAUUUUGAUUUAGAAACUACUGGACUUAGUAGAACAUCUGACAUCAUACAGAUUGCUGCAGUUUGUGAAGAUAGGUCAAUCAAUGUUUAUCUCAACCCCAGUGUACCAAUCUGUAAAGAAGCAUCGGCUGCAACAGGUCUCAGAUAUGACAUGGGACAGCUCACUCUUCAUGGAGAGCCUGUGCCUUCAACAGAUCAAGUCAGUGGUUUGACCCAGUUUGUAGACUUUACAACAGAUUGUGCUUCAAAACCAGUCAUUGUGGGCCAUAAUAUUCAAAACUUUGAUCUUCCAAUUCUUCAAUAUCACUUGCAGCGACAUGGUCUACUUAAACGAUUUGAUGAAAAUGUUUUAGGUUUUUUGGAUACAUACAAACUUGCACAGAAAGUGUUUGACAAGAAAACAAUGGGAAAUUUUAAACAAGAAACAUUGGUCAGAUUGUGUUUAGGGAAAAGUUACGAUGCACACAAUGCUCUAGCUGAUGUUUGUAGUUUACGAGAACUGUACGAGUCAAAUUUAGCAUUCAAAUGUGAAUCUUCAGAUAUAUUUAAUAUGAAUUAUUAUAAUGUCAAGUCCUCACUAAUUCCAUUGAUACAAAGCAAAGUAAUUUCUACACUGAUCUCUAAAAGGCUUACAGCUAACAAUCUAAGCUUAAACAAGCUAAAACUCAUACAUAAGCGUGACCCCCAUUGUGGGAUUCAGACUGUCUUUAGUGAGGUUGUGUCUGGUUCAAAGACACCAAGAAUUACGAAGUCUCAGAAGAUCAUUGGCAAAGUUGUGGAGUAUUUGAACUCUUGUUAGUUCAUCAUAAGUAUUUUCAUUCAACAAAAUUAUUUGUUUAUGAGCUAUACUUGCUAGAAUCUACAUGUAUGUUUGUUACACUACAUUUAUUCUCUUUAUAUGUAUUAGAUUAUAAAUUGU